AUGGAAGAUGAUGCUGAUCGAAUAUCGCAGUUGCCGGAAGCCAUCAUGGAGAAAAUCCUCUUUCUCUUGCCAGCCAUGGAUGCAAUUCGUACAAGCUUCUCCUCCAAGACAUGGCAAAGUCUAUGGAACUCCUUGCCCGUCUCCAAUUUUGAUUUCCUUAACGAUCCAGCAUUUGGUCACUAUAGAUAUAGUAGUUAUGUUCCAUCUUAUUAUGAGCAUUCAACAGUAAAGAAACUUAUAGCUAAAAUCGAUGAAUCCUUGAAAAUACUUGAAGAAGAUGAAGAGCAUCAUCAGAAAAGGAUCAUAGAAUCUUUUAGGGGAAGAGGGACCUUGUUUAGGAAUGAGUACGAAGCUUCUCAGUAUCUCAAUCCUUGGAUCAAGCUGGUGACCAAUAACCCCAUCAAAGUGCUAGAGCUCCACUUUAAGGCCAUGCAUAGAAUAAAACUUUGUCGCUGGCCCUUUCCUUAUUCUCUUGGUGUUGAUGGAACUUCAUUAGUCGUGUUGAGGUUAAGUCAUUGUCUUUUGGAGCCCUACACGUUGGAGAGUCAAAUAAUAGCUUCAAAGGACAAGAGAUUUCCCUUCUUAAAAGAGAUCAGUUUGCUGCGUGUUAAAUUUAAUGGUUCCCUUGUUGAUGAACUCCUUUCAAGAUGCCCUUCGCUUGAGACUUUGAAACUCCAUCACUGUUUAAACCUCAAAUCUCUUCGAAUUUGUGGAGCCAUGUUUCCUAAGCUCAGCACGGUUUCCCUUGUACUCGGGGAAACUCUUGAUUACAAGAUUGAACUUCCUAAUCUUCAUACUCUUUGUAUGGAAUCUGUUCCCCCUCGUUACGACGAGCUUGGAGAAGUUUGCUGUAGUAAUGUGAAGAAGUUGAGUGUUUGCGCUCCUCCGAAUGAAUUCAUCAGUACCAACCAAUUUCUUGAGAAACUUAUAGCCAAGUUUCCCCUUCUUGAGGAUCUGACUUUGUCUGCCACUUUAGAUUCAGCCGAGACGAAAAUCUCUAGUCAUCAACUCAAGAAAUUGACAAUAAUAGCUAAUGCAGGAAUAGAAAAUCAUUAUGGUUAUAUAUGGGAGCUCAACCUAGACACUCCAAAUCUUCUGUGUUUCUUGUGCAAAAGUUGUGGAGCUCGCAAUAUUUCCUUGAAUUCUACCAAGUUAGAAGUAGUUAAUCUUGAGAUAAAGAUUGGAUCUUAUGUGCAGAUUGGACCUGGACCUUGUCUGUACCAUAUUGGCACGCUAUGGUUUCUUGGACUGCAACAAUGUCUACGAAACUUUACUCCACAUGACGCAUUGAACGUAACAAUUAAGCCUCUGAGCAGUGUCGCAUUUUCUCUCGAAGAACUAAGAGAGGAGAAUUUUCUUCCUUUGCCUGAAGUCCAGCACUUGUGCUUGGAAGAUACUGCAUCAUUUUCAUAUCGUCCAGCUGCACUAGAUUAUACAAAUCUUAUCGACGGCUUACUCUGGAGUUUUCAUCCAGUAACUCUAUCCGUACAUGUCAUUCUCGGCAAUUCACCUAACAACAAUUUAAUAAAGUUCAUUUACGAGAAGUUAAUCUGUAGGGACGAAAAUCCUCUCUGCUGCAGAGAAAACCAUGUCAAAUGUUGGCGGCAUUACUUGAAGUCAAUCAAGAUUCAAAGCUUUACUAAAGGACAGAAUUCUUAUGGCAGGGAGUUGUCCAGCUUAUUGGCAAAUCUUGAAGAAGUUGAGGAAGUCACUUUUGAAUUACAAUGGUUAUCAAACAAUUAG